UGACUAGUAGAAAUGUAGAUCCUGAUCAUGAUGAGUUUUAGUUUUAUAAACUUGCCGGGAAUUGUUGAGAAAUAUUAUCUUCUAAUGUUGACAAGCAUGAAGAGAACCAGGCAUUGAAAAAUUUUUUUUUCACGUUAGUUUCGAAAGGAUGAGUUUUGCAUAUACGUCUCUUUACACUUUAUGUAUUGCUAGAGUUUUCUUUCCAAUAAGGCUGAAAGAAACUUUGAACGAUGACUUUUGCAUACUUUGAAAGCUCUGAUCAGAACGUUUAAUGUAAAGUGAUGUUUUUAACCCCCUGUCAUUUUCAAAUGCAUUUGUUUACAAUUAGCGUCCCCCCACUGCGGUUACCGUGCAAACUGGCAACAUGGUCGCUGCUUCCCUGGAAAUAUUUGAGUGCAAUGAGCCAAGGUCACGGUUCUCCAAACGUGAAACAUAUCGCCUGGGCAAAAACGUCCAGCCUUUUUUUCAAAAAGUGAGGAUGUUUAUUUAGGCUCCAGAACAAGUAAGAUUAGUGCAAGAUUUUAGUUGCAGUCUGCGUUUCUCAGACAUGUUUUCAUGAAGGAAAGUUAGCCGACAGCUAGGAAGUUCUUGUCUGGCUAACUCUCCAAGGAAGGUUUUUUCAUGGUGAGAUGCAACAGGCGUUUAUUGCAGAUAGAGUAUAAUAACAGAACAUGAAAGACAACAACUUCUCUGGAGAAGAAGAAGAGAUGCAUUCGUUCAGAUGUGAACAAAAUGAUGCAAUUUUGUUUUCCAAUGAAGCAGAGACGACUUCAAGACCUGGAUGUUGCAAAUGUCAAACUGCAUGGUCAUUGAGCCUGGCCGUGAAAGUGCUGUACAUAUUCUUUAGUUGUCUCAUCAUAGCUAUUGCUAUUCUUGCAUCAGUAGUGUUCAGAAAGGUUGACUCUAUAAGUGAAGAUCUCAACAUGGCCCAAACAUUCUAUGAGACGAAGAUUAGUUCAGUUCAGACAAACGUUAAAGAACUGGAUCAAAAAUCCACAAGCAAAAACUGCUCUUCGUGUCAUGAACUUUCCCAGUUUGCACAAGAAAUCGUUGACUUGCAGAAAGAGUUUGAAGAAAUGCAACAACUACUUUUGACUCAAGAGCCUGCUCUGGAUGAGACUGUCAAAAACCAUUUGACCCUUCUGACUGACAACAGACGAAUAAAUAAGGAGGUUGUACAUUAUACAACGUCUAUUGAACAGAUCAACCAAACAGUAGAAAGUGUUUCAGUCCAAGUAAAUGGAUUGCAAGUCCUUAUUAAGGAACUUGAUGAGUUUAUGAGGAAACUGACCCAGGACCAGUACAAAAUAAGGAUUAGUGUGCAACACAUUAACUUCACCACCAACCAGAAUACAUUAUGGCUCGAAGAAAUUCAAAGGAAAGCCGAUGAGGAAACUUUAAUAUUACAGAAGAUAGUGGCAGACUGGCAGAACUCCUCAAAAUUGUUUGGUGGUUUAAAGACGUCUGUAAGCAAGAUGAAUGAUAUGGUGAAAGGUAUUCAGAGCACUCUGGCCACCACACUGCAAAGAGUCUCCCAGAAUGCUGAGGUCAUGCAUGAUUUAAGCUUGCAGCUGCUGGUGGUGCAUGAGCAGUUUGAAAAUAUAUCCACCUUCCUUGAUGACCAUGAAGAAAAUAUUCAGGACAUUCUUUAUCAUGCAAGGUAUUAUGAAAAUAGGACAGCUGAAAGGUUUGAAACCAUUAUGGGGCGAAUGAUUUCCCAUGAAACUGAAAUUAACACCAUACUGGCCAACAUCAAUGCUACAAACAAUCAUGUACACAGCAUGAUAAAGUACAUCAGUGAUGUGAGGACAUCUUGUUCAAGUGGGCUUGGAGCACAUUCAGAAGAACUUCACCAUCUCAACAAUUCCCUGACCAUUAUUCAGAGCAGCACUGAUAUAUUAAGGCAGCAGUAUAAUCUCCUAACAGCAACAGUGAAUGGGGAAAUAAACAAGCUUGCUGUUGUAAUGGAAGAAAUGAAAAUUGUUGAUGCACAACAUGGAGAGGCGAUCAGAAACAUCACCAUUUUAAGAGGUUUGCCAGGUCUGCCAGGACCAAAAGGAAACAAAGGAGAGGCAGGAAUAAAGGGAAAUGUUGGACCUGUCGGACCCAAAGGUGACACAGGCGAACAAGGACUUGCAGGAAAGCCUGGAGCACGAGGUUUGGAUGGGCCUCCAGGUGCUCGUGGAGACAAAGGUUCAAGAGGCCCUACAGGGGCACCUGGUAUGAAGGGAAGUAAAGGUUCUUACGGGAAAUCUGGUUCACGAGGAGUAGUUGGUCCUAAGGGAGACAGAGGACCAACAGGACCCGAAGGAAAGCCAGGACCACGUGGGCCCAAAGGACAAUCAGGAGUUAAAGGAGAUCCUGGAAUUCCAGGCCCCCGGGGACCAAAGGGAGAAAUGGGGAAUAUAGGCCCCCCAGGAUUUCGAGGACCACCAGGUCCAUGAACAGAGGCAUCUUAGUUUUGUUUUCACCUGUUUCAACCUCCUGAACAUUUAUACAAAAUUAUCAAAAACAGCUAGAUUUUGAUUUUAUUCACAAGUGAUUUAUGCAUACUUUCCGAGAAAUCUUAAAACCAAUUCAUUGAAACAGAUAUGUUUAACACCAUUGUCAUAGGAUUCCCCUGAUCACGUGAUAAAUUACCAUGAAGUUUACAUAAUAAUUUGUUAGAGGUGGCACAUAAAAUAACUACUAGGAAGAGGCUAAUCUUUUCCUCAUUUUAACCUAGAUGAGACUCACAAUCAAGUGUCUGGAUCAGAAUCACAGUCAAAUGUCUCAGCCUUCCGAUGUUCAGUUUUAACUGCCCUAUAUUAAUUGUUCAAAUAUGAGAUAUAACAUAAAGGAACUUUACUCAUUCAGGUGAUUGAGGGUUGUGGAAUCCAUAGAGAUCCAGUGAAACACUGUCUUUAGGAGAGAAUGACAUAAGAUGGAUACAAUGAAAAUUAAGAUUUAACAUAGGGCGGCACAGUGGCUCAGUGGGUAGCACUGCUGCCUCACAGCGCCAUGGACCUGUGUUCAAUUCCAGCCUCGGGCAACUGUCUGUGUGGAGUUUGCACAUUCUCCCCGUGUCUGUGUGGGUUUCCUCUGGGUGCUCCGGUUUCCUCCCACAGUCCAAAGCUGUGCGUGCUAGGUGGAUUGGCCGUGCUAAAUUGCCCAUAGUAUUCAGGGGUGUGUGGAUUAUAGGGGGAUGGGUCUGGAUGGGAUGCUUCAAGGAGCAGUGUGGAUUUGUUGGGCCGAAGGGCCUGUUUCCACACUCUAGGGAAUCUAAUCUAAUCUAAUUCCACACACAAAGCAUGACCACAAGAUGUUGUCCUGAUAUUCAGUUUUGCAGUUUCCUGGCAUCCAGAGGCAACUUAGAACAUGUGCUAUAGAAAUGAGGGACUUGAAGUCAGUUUUUUGGGCCCAUCUGCUAAAUUCAGUAUUUGAAAUACAAAAAGCUGGGCCAAGUCUACUCAAGAUUCUAAAGCGGUCAUUUGUUGACUGAUUCUGAAAGGCAUGAUUUUUAGCAAAAAGAAACAAAUUAAUUUGUUGGUGUCAGGAGAAGCAGAAAUGGUCCCCAACUCCACUUUAUUUUGAUUAACCACACAUACCUAAGAAGGAGCCAGUAGAGAGGUGAGCUGUCUAGCAUCCCUUUCUUUAAACGGAUGCCCUCCCUGUAGAGUUUUAAAGAGCAGCCUCUCUCUCCGACUAAUAUGGCUUGAGUUCCAAUUUUCGCUCAGACUUGGGCAUCUUUCAAGGACAUGUGCAGGUUCAUCACUGCCACCAUGAUUGCAUUUGUUACCAUUGAAUUAAUACCGUAUUAUUCUUCACAGCAUGACCAUGUAGUCAGGAUCACAACAUUUAAAGACUAGUAUUUAUUCAAAUUUAAAUGCUGACUGUUGUGCGAGAUUUUGAAACUUAAGUUAAUCCAGAAAUACCUCACCUUUGAUCGUAAGGCUGGCAACAGUUCCAAAAUUUUUUUCAAUUACUUUUCAGCUGAUUUUGUCUCUUUAUGAAUUUUCUCAUUAAUAAGUAUCUGCAAAUCCCUUAAAACUAACUUUUCUGCGUUUUCUGGGCAAAUGGUUUGUUCUGAAGUUUCUGCUACAAACAAAUCCAGCCGGUAACUACACAGGUUAUAGGAAAUGAAACGAUCAGUGUUGUGAGUAUACAGCAGUCAGUCUACAUAACAUGUUGGUCUUCACAGCUUUGAUGCCAAUGCCUAUGCUAAAGUGCCUCUGGGUGAGCAGGACUCACCAGAUAUAUGAAGUGUCUCCAUGGCUGUACCUUCAUUAGAAUGCCAAGCGAAUAAGCUUAUUGGAAUUUCAAAGGGCCAGUGUACCUCAGUCCUCAAAUGGUUCUCUGAAUCUGCAGAAGAUAUUUACACACUCUCAUGGUGCCAUCAUCACAGUGGUGGAAUGCCAACAGCAUGCCUGGAGCAAAUAGAAUGCAGCUAGCUGAGGAUAUUCAUCAGGCUUCUUCUGCUGUAGUUAUUGCCCAAGUCCAAGUCAGUGAAACACAUGCAAUUGCCAACAGUUGGGUGAUGACAUUCCCUUACAUAAACCCUCAGAUACCUUGCCCCAUAUUGAAAUAUAGGCCUCCACUAAGUAUCAACCAAAUGACAAUACAGCUGUGAGAAAUAGAACUGUUUACUGUGAUGUCAAGUGAUAUUUAGAUAAAUUGAAUAUACUUCUAUUGAGAAUUGUAAUCUUUUCUGCACCUGUAGUACUUUGUGUGUUCCCGUAAUUAACACUGAUGGAUUCUUGUGACCAAGUAUAGGAGCAAAAACAGGUCAACAUUUCUCAGGAUUUUGAUUUUAGAAAAGAAGAUUUACCUUAGUGUAUCAAAGCUCAACACCUUCCAACAUUGCAACCCCCUUAGCCAUCAUGAGGACAAGCCAGAUGAAAUAUAAUGAUACCUUCAUAUGCGUUGCAGUCAUGAAGACCUUUUCUAAAAUUGACAUUUUACCUGUUUAUUGAAUGAAUCCCUGGGGGAAAUAAAAAGAUGUUUACCAAUAGAGUUUAAAUUUCAAAGAUGUGAUAUCCGUAAGAUAUCAAUAUUUAUUUCUGAACUUGCUGAAAUCUGCAGACUUUCAAGUAGAAACACAAAAAAAUUACACCUAAGAAAUGUCAAGGUUUAUGUUCACAUUCAUGUUUCAGGAGCUAUUAUUAUAUUUCAGGAUUAGUAAAGAUAAAAGAAUAAGUGAUACGUUAUUCAUAUUUUGCAUGUAUUCAUUAAUUUGUCCUUUUUCUUUAGAAAAGUACAAAGACAAUAGCUAUAACAAUCAUGUUUUGCAAGUAUGUAAUAGUCUAAGACCUGUAUUUUAGUUAACUUUUGCCUCAUUUAGUUUUGUAAGUAUAAGGUACUUGCUAAAUUUAUAAAGCUGGCAAAUGGCCAUGUUUGCAUUUUGUGUCAACUGUAAUAUGAAUUACUGUUUGCUAGUUAGUCUGUUAGUUUAACUUGUUAAUUACUUGUUUACUUUAAUACACUCCUUACAUUAUCGCAUUGUAUUCAAAUGAAUGCUACCAAAAGAAACAUUUCACAAUUAAGCAUUUUAUGCAGGGCAUGUAAUCAGUAUUUUUUACUCAUUCUAGUAAAAUCAAUGACACAGUAAUAGCAACAUUAAGGUUUAAAAUAUUUUAAUGUGCGUGUAUAACAAUCUGAAAUAUUUUCAAGAAAAUAGAGUAUUGUUUUAUUAUAAAUGGGGAGAAAUGAACUGGUUUCCAGAAUUUUGUAACUUGUGUUAAAACUGCAGCUGGUUUGCAUGCUAUUACAGAUAUCAUCCAACCUAUGUUAACACCGUAAUUUUUAAUUAUAGCCAGGUAUCUGAAGUCCUGGUUUAAUAAACGCAG